AUGGACUCGAAAGAAAUCUACGAGCAAGUUCACAAGCGUUACGGGUCAGUGACCAAGAGUACCACUGGAAAAUAUGAACAGACCGUCGCCAAAGCAUUUGGCUACACAGAGGAAGAGCUUGCAGGGAUUCCCGAGGAUGCAAACCUUGGCUUGAGCUGCGGCAAUCCAACUGCCCUGGCAAAAUUGCGAGAGGGAGAGACUGUGAUUGACCUUGGUUCUGGUGCUGGCUUUGAUGUUCUCACAGCUGCCAAGAAAGUCGGUCCAGCGGGGAAGGCAAUCGGCGUCGACAUGAAUAAGAACAUGAUAGACAAGGCCAACGCCAACAAAGCAGCCAUGAAAAUCUCAAACGCCGGGUUCAUCCAAGGAGUCAUCACAUCCGUUCCACUUAGUGACGAUGCAGCCGAUUGUAUCAUCAGCAACUGUGUCAUCAACCUCGUCCCUGCUUCGGAGAAACAGCUCGUGUUCAACGAGAUGUUUAGAAUCCUCACCCCGGGAGGGCGCGUCGCUAUCAGCGAUAUCUUGGCGCGCAAGGAGUUUACCGACGAGAUCAGAAACAACAUUGCCCUAUACGUCGGAUGCAUUGCUGGUGCUAGUCCCGUUGGUGAUUAUGAAACAUUUCUCAAGAAUGCUGGCUUUCAAGGCGAGUUAAAUAUUCUUAUUGUUGACACUAAGAGCGAUCUGAACGUCUAUUUUACUGCUCAAGAGAAUGAAUCUUCUUGUUGUGGCAAUGAACAGACAAACCCAGCUUGUGGAGCUGGUUUAUCGACAUGCGCUCCUCAGAAUUCGUCCACGGAAUUGGCUGAUGGUCAAGAUAUACUCGGUAAUCGUCUAGGAAUCGCCGACUUUAAUGAGUGGGCAGGCUCAUUCCAGGUGUAUGCCGUUAAACCUAUGUCGAUAUAA